AUAAAUAAGAUGCUCGAUGAUAAUUAUGGAAGAGACGAUUUGGCGAUUCAGUUUACCUCGACGGAUAUGAGACACGCCAACAUUCGCCUUGGUUCGUACAUCAUGAGUGCAAAAAUAUACGAUCUGCCGUGUAUCGUAGAAGUGAUGAAAACACUCGACAAAAGGUCAUUCUACAAAGUCACUGAUUUGUCCCAAGUAGUUGUCUGUAGUCACGAGUUAUGCGCAAUACCGAAAGAGACGAUCAGCACCAAGAAGGAAAUGAAACUGUGGCAAUAUCCACAUGGUCUGACGCCACCUAUGAAGAGUGUGCGCCAACGACGCUUUCGAAAGACGAAGAAAAAGAAAUACAUGGAAGCUCCAGAGGUGGAGCGUGAGCUUAAGCGACUACUUCGUGCUGAUCUCGAAGCAGAGUCAUUCCGUUGGGAGAUUGUUCAAACGGAUGAUAAGCGCAAGGAUAAUACAAUUUCUGAACAGUCUAUCUUUGGCGACAAAGUAAGCAGCAGUGAUGAGAAUGAAGAUGGUGUGCCGAACGUAGAUAAGACCUAA